GGACGGUUGUUAGGCACGGGAGGCCGGCGCAUGGCUGACGCGGUACUGUUCGAGUUUCUGCACACGGAAAUGGUAGCGGAGCUGUGGGCGCAAGAUCCGGACCCCGGUCCCGGGGGACAGAAGGUGAGCCUGUCGGUCCUGGAGGGCAUGGGCUUCCGCGUGGGCCAGGCCCUGGGCGAGAGGCUGCCCCGGGAGACGCUAGCCUUCAGGGAGGAGCUGGACGUCCUCAAGUUCCUAUGCAAAGACGUGUGGGCGGCCGUGUUCCAGAAGCAGAUGGACAGCCUGCGCACCAAUCACCAGGGGACCUACGUCCUGCAGGACAACAGCUUUCCCCUUCUCAUCCGGAUGGCCUCGGGUCUGCAGUACCUGGAGGAAGCGCCCAAGUUCCUGGCCUUCACCUGCGGCCUCCUACGUGGCACCCUCAGCACCCUGGGCAUCAAGAGCCUGGUCACCGCCUCCGUGGCAGCCCUGCCCGCCUGUAAGUUCCAGGUGGUGAUCCAGAGAUCCUGAGGGAGCCCCAGGCCCCACCCCCAGCCGAGCCUCACGCCACCCCAUCCCGAGGACCCAGCUGCUGCCCGUGCUGGUGGCUGGUGCUGGGGAGACGGGGUCCCACCGCUUCAGGGCCUCACAAGCGCUCAACAAAUGGGUGUCAUAGGGAGGUGGGGGUGUCCCAGGGGCAAGGUGGGCCCCGCCCCAGUCGGGGCUGGCGUGGAGGGAGCCCGCAUCGGACACAUCCCUCCGCACGGCAGGUGCUCAAUAAAGGUUCUGUACGUGGGA